UUGCCAGGGGCGCUCGGGUUCGAGUUUCAGAUUUCUUCUUGAAUUUUCGUUUCAGGACAUAACUUGGCAGGACGAGCACUCGGCCCCUUUCUCCUGGGAGACGAAGAGCCAGAUGGAGUUCAGCGUCUCCUCCUUGUCCAUCCAGGAGCCCAGCAGUGGCCCCGCCAGCGAGCCCCGCCCGCCGUCCAAAGCCAGCCAGGCCCCCCAGGCCCUCCGGCCGGCCCAGGGCAGCAAGUCCUCCAGCCUGGACGCCCUGGGCCCCACCCGGAAGGACGAGGAGGCGGCCUUCUGGAAGAUCACCGCCGACCGCUCCCGCGGGGAGGGGCCCCAGGCCGAGUUCCCCUCGCUGACCCCCAGCCAGAUCAAGUCCAUGGAGAAGGGGGAGAAGCUGCUGCCCACCAGCUACCGGCCGGACCCCGCCCCGAGGGACAGGGAGGCCAAGGAGGAGCGGCCCGGCCACCCGCGUGCGGAGCCGCUGGCCCUGCCCGGCGCCGGCGUCCAGCCCGAGGGACCCCCGCCCGUCAGGGCCUGCACCGGGGCGUCAGAGGCGGGCACCCCCUCGGAGCCCGUGGGCCAGCCGCUCUCCCCCGGGGCCGGCCCCAUCGAUGGGGAGAUGGCGGAUGAGCUGUUCUCCGAACCCAGCGCCGCACAGGUCAGCGCGAGCAGUGUCAUCCUGAAGACGGGGUUUGAUUUCCUGGACAACUGGUAAAACGGGUCAGACACACGCGCACAGACCCCACAGAGAAACCAAGAACCCCCGACGAUUCCCGCCGGGCGCGGGCGGAAAGGGCAGCCUCUCCCUGGGGCCUUUCCCGGUCUCUGUACACGGUUAUUUUUUUUUUUGAAUCUUUUGGAAACUGUAAGAAUCGCCGUGUCCAGAUUUCCAGAGCUCCCCCCCUUUUUUGCUAAGACCCGAUGCAUUUGACGUUUCCCACCGAUUUGAUAA